AUGACGGCGAACGGUACCACUAAUGGUCACGCCACCAACGGCAACCAUGCCACAAAGCCUGGUCUCGUUGACUCUCUACCAGUCACAACUCUCAUCUCAGCAUUUGUAUCGACGGUGAAACCCUCAUCACUUACCGAGGCAAUGCGAUCCAAACUAUCCGAUCUCAUCCUCGACAUGGUCGGCAUCACAGCCACAGCAGCGCACUCUUCCGCAUCAACCCCAGCAAUCGUUGCCGGAUUCGCGUCAUUGACGCCACCAAACAGUGGCCACAACACUGUACUCACCAAGGGCAGCACUUACCCCGCGCACAUAGCAGCCUUACUUAACGCUACAUUCGGCCAUUCCCUUGACUUCGACGAUACCCACGCUUCAUCGACGCUGCAUCCAGGCGUAACAGCUAUUUGGGCGGCCUUUGCCCAAGCCGAAGCAGCCGACAUCAAAGACAUCGACCUGAUCCUCCUCGCCAUCAGCGUCGGCUACGAGCUCACCUGUCGACUUGGCACAGAGCUCGGCUACUCAGCCUACGCACGUGGAUUCCACAAUACGUCUACAGCAGGUGUUUUCGGAGCCGUUGCGGCAAUCGCAGUCCUUAAGAAGCUUGACGCCAACAUCAUCGAAAUGGCUUUCGGCCUGGCUGGGUCGCGAGCAGCGGGUAGCAUGCAGUAUCUCGACAAUGGUAGCCACAACAAGAGGUUGCAUCCUGGCUUCGCGUGCCAUGAUGCAUUUGUAUGUGUUGCGCUGGCUGAGCAAGGCGUUAUUGGAGCGACCAAGAUCUUCGAGGGCAAAAUGGGGUUCUUGAAUGCUUACUCGCCGAACGAAGAGAAGGAUCUGAAUCGCCUUGUCGAUGGCCUGGGAGAGAAGUGGGUAUUCGUUGACACAUCGCUGAAACCAUUUCCUGCCUGCCGUAUGACUCAUGGCAGCAUCGAGAUGGCCGAAGCUGCUGCUGAGAAGCGACGAGCGAAGGGCGUAAGCAGCGCGUCGGACCUGGUAAAGGAAGUGAAGAGCAUUGAAGUCCGACUACGUGGUCCCAACAUGAGCCUGGUCGGUGACCGCACGCCAAACAAAGUCCACCCAGAAGCCGAAGUCGACGGACAGUUCUCUGCGUACUUCCAGGUCGCGCACAGCUAUCUCUACGGCAGCCAGCAAGGCGUGAAAGCCUACGAGAGACUCGACGACAAGGAUAUCUAUGCACUCUCUGAUAAGAUUUCCUGCGUCGUGGACGACAACGAUCCAGCGCUGAAUGGCAUGGGUAGUCGGGUGAUCAUUGAGUAUAGCGAUGGUGGUAGGGAAGAGAUGGUAAACAGUUAUCCUCUGGGCGAGCCCGAGCACCCUUUCAAGCGGGAGGAUGUGGAGAAGAAGUUCCGUGGGUGUAUGGAGCCUGUGUAUGGCGCGAAGAGAAGCGAGGAGGUGUUGAAGGCGGUCAACGAGAUGAGUCUGAGUCGAGGAGAUAUCAACAAGUUCAUGGCACUACUUGCGUGA